AUGUUGCUAAACCCAGAUCAGAUUUUGAAUCUAGUUCGAGAUGUUUAUGAAGUCGAUAUUAAACAAUUCUAUUCGCAGUUACGACUUAAGAACUUGAGGGGACUGGUAGACCAUACUUCUCAUCUAUUUGAUGUUUACUUGAGGGAUUUAGAAAUUAACCGGGAAGUGGAAGCGCUGACAGCCUUCAUUAUUGGUGGUUACUACCUGUACCUUAUUAUUCCGCAGUCACUGCAGUUUCAAACGAGAAGUAAUCUUUAUAGCAGCUAUGCAAAGUUGAAAAAUAGCUAUCAAGACGAACAGCUAAUGAGCUACGUACUGAGAUUGGUGAGGGACGAAAGCACUUCAAUUGUUGACCAAUAUCUAUCCGACUCAAAUAGGAUUACCGUGACGAUUACGAGAAAAAGAGCCUACUCGUUACCCCUGCGACCUUUACCUGUCCACAUGGCUUCUUUAUCCAUACAUAAUCAAUCAGACGAUCCGCCACGUGAAAUGCCAAACUACUUAGCCAAGCCAAUAAAUGACACUUCCGGGAAGGACCUUCGUAGAGAAAACAAUGAAAUAAGGUUAUGUAGUAAACACGACGUUAGUGCUGAAGAUAUAGAUAGCACAAGUAGAGAGUCAUUAUCAAUUCCCUCAUACUCGAAAUUAAAUACUGGAAAAGACACUUUAUUCAAAACCCACUCUAGUCCGGCAGCUGCUUCCACAGCGCACUCCUGCGAUACGUCAUCACAAGCUGCGGUCUCUUCCCAAGACUCUUCUUCUCAAUCCAAGAAGGCGAAGCAGAAGGAAGAAGCUGCGAGUUCUUUCAUCUCCGAAACUUUCGAGCCACCGACUAUUGAAGAUUCAAAAGGCCUGCUGUCGAAGUUAUCCAUCACGGGCCUGCAAAAUCCAUGCAAUACAUGCUAUAUCAACAGUAUAAUACAAUGUCUUUUUGGCUCCACCCCAUUCCGCGACUUGUUUUUAACUAAGAAAUAUAGGCUUUUUCUAAAAACUGAAGAAUACCCAAAGGAAGUUCAACUUUCUCGCUCAAUCUACUCUUUAUUCAAAAAAAUGUAUGCAAAUGGGGGAAGUGCAAUUGUACCGAAUGGAUUCCUGAAAAUGUGUAAAAAAUUGAGGCCUGAUCUGAAUAUCCCAGACGACCAGCAAGAUACACAAGAAUUUCUGUUGAUCAUCUUAGCACGAAUUCAUGAAGAGCUUUCAAAUGAGAAUGUAACUAAAUAUUACUGUGAUCUAGUUUCAUAUGAUACAAACGCUUUGCAGGUUAAUCCAAUCAAGUACCAGAAGUGGUACGAAGAAACUAUUCUUGCAGAUGGUCUAUCUCCAAUCGACCAUAUAUUCCGAGGCCAGAUGGAGAAUAUAUUAAAAUGCCAACGCUGUGGUAACUCUUCCUUCAGUUAUUCCACCUUUUAUGUGUUGUCGCUUGCAAUUCCCAAAAAUUCUGUGCAUAGUUUUACAAGUAAAUCGAAAAAAAUAAAAUUGGAAGAUUGCAUAAACUUAUUCACGAGUGAUGAGGAAUUGACUGGUGAUAAUGCUUGGGAUUGUCCUGAAUGUAGAAUCGAUGACUCCAAGCUAAAAACAGGCGAAAAUUCUAGCCAGAAAAAAAGAUCACCACUAUUCAGUUUCCAUUCUAGAUCAAGAUCAAAAUCACCUCAUCAUCACCAUCAUUAUCAUCAUCAUGGAAGCGAUAAUACAACAAAAAACUCAAACAAGUGGAAGUCUAAAAGACUAACUACUAUAAAGAGUUUGGAUUUUAUUUUUUUACCGCCAAUACUCGUCAUUCAUUUAUCAAGGUUUUAUUAUGAUUUAACGAAGAAGAACAAUGCCGUUAUAACCUAUCCUCUGAUACUGAACAUUAUUCUGAAAAACAACAAGGUGGUUCGGUAUAAGUUAUAUGGAACAGUGAAUCACUCAGGUAACCUUAUAACCGGACACUAUACUUCUGUGGUAAAUAAAGAAAGAAGCCAUGAAAUCGGGUUGAAUAAACAGGUUUGGGUCACAUUCGAUGAUGAUUUUAUCAUACAGCAUCACAAAGAUCGCGAUGGCUUUGAAGCGGGUAAAACAAAAAUGUCCAGUAGUGAAGUAUACGUCCUCUUUUAUGAGAGAAUGGAUGAAGAGGAUUAUAAAGAAGAUUGUUGUUAA